AUCUUAAGAGAAACAGCUGAGCGGAUAACAUCUACAACAUAUAAGCAUAAUCCACCAAUUUUGUGCACUUUACCAUGGAAACCCAGCAAUAACGCCGACUUCCUGAACAACAAGCCAUGGCAUUAGUAGACUACAGCAGCGGUUCUUCGGACUCGGACUCGGGCCCAGACCAGGAUGAGAGAACAGGACAAAACCCCGGACCAAGGACUAAGAGACGCAAGCUCUCCCCUCCCUCAGCAAAACCCCAGCAGCAGCCAUCAUCGUCGCCGGCGCCGGCCGAUCUGCCGCCCCUCCCCUCCACCUUCCACGACCUCUACGCCUCAACUGUGCGUCUCAGCAACAGGGACGACCCAUCGCUGCACCAGGGCCGCCGGCGGCAGAUCCCGCACAUAGCCGGCAACUGGCCGAGCCAUCUGUACAUCGAAUGGCACCCGCUCGGGUCCGAGCACGCGCUGCUCUCGUCCCUACUGUCCGCCCUGUCUUCACGCCUCGAUAGCAACGACAGCAAUAGCAGCAGCACCAGCAGUACCGUCAAGAUCCAGGACUUCCUGACCUCUGACCUCGGCGCCGCCCUGCCCUUACACAUCUCGCUCUCGCGACCGCUGUCGCUCCCCACGGGGCAGAAAGACGGGUUCCUGUCGCGGCUGCGCGAGGCGGUCGGCGGGCCCGGGACGCCGCGAAGGGGAUUCGAGCUGGUGCCCUCGGCGCUCGAGUGGCACCGCACGCACGAGAGCUCGCGGAGCUUCCUGGUGCUGCGUGUCGCUUCCGCCGAGUACGGCGAGGGCAGGAUGACGGGAGAGAAGAAUGCAGAGCUCGGCGCGCUUCUCAGACGCUGCAACGGGCUCUGCAGGGAGUUUCGUCAGCCGGAGCUGUACGCGUCCGCGGGGACUGGCGAGGGCCUGCGGGGCGGGGUGGGGGACGCUUUCCAUGUGUCUGUUGCGUGGACCUUUGAGGAGCCGACUGAAGAGCUCAGACGUGCGACCCAGGAAGUGUUCGUGUCGGACAAGUUCAGGACCGGCAUCGGGCAGAUGAGAAUCAACGUGGAUGGGAUCAAGGCAAAAAUAGGAAAUGUGGUUGCACAUCUUCCGCUAUCUGCAAAUGGGUCUGAGAAGGGCCGCACGUUUCGCGAGGGCAAAGGACUUUUCGGGGCUUGAACCAUUGCUUCAAAGCAUGCAAUGAUAAAGUGUGACUUGUCACAGGACGGACUACUACUUGAUGGUGAGUUGUGUAUUUCAGUUCUUUGUUGAUGAUGAAGCAGUUGUUCUAUCAAUCCUCCCUUUGGGCCGUGUAUGCUUAAAUCAAGAAACUCCUAGGGCCCAGAUCUCCAAGAUCGUGGGCAAAUGCUGUGCCAAAUCCUACGGCUGGUAUCAUCAGACUAGAAUAAUGAAAUUCCUCCGAAUUCCUCCUCCCAUGCAAGCUC